CAAAAUAUAAUUACAUGUUGUAUCACUAUUUUCCCAGUGUGAUAUUUAAAACGCUAGCUAAUUCUAAAGUGAAGCUAAGUAGUAGCAUAGAGUUUUCACAAAAAUGUUAUAUUUUGGCUUCACAUGCAUCCAUUUUUAAGAAUCAUUGCUCAAAUUAAAGCUAAAGGUCUCAAAAAUAUGGAUAGUCUAUUUAAAAAGAUAUAACAUUAUUAUUUAUAAUAAAAAUUCAUAUAAAGUAAGACUGUUCCAACAAUUAUAAGUAAAACUUUCAACUGCAUCCUUUACUCCUGACUUGACCAGUCAUGAUCAAGCAUCAUGUGUGUUUACAAGUCGCAGAGGAUGAUAGAACAGUUGGAAAUUCAAGCAAAAAUCCACAAUUACAAGAGGAGACUUUUAAUUUAGAAGAAUAUAUAAUAUGUUUGAGAAAUGAAAGAAAGGAAUGGUUAGAGACUCUAAAAGAAAGGAAGAGGCAAAGAAGGGGUCUUAUGAAGAAAAAAUUAUCUGUAGAAAGCCAAGGUCAGCAUUUGGAUUACAGUGUUUUAACGGAACAUGAAAAAGCUUUUGUUUCUGCUAAGCCAAAUUAUCAUGAUAUUUAUAAAAACUAUAAAAAGUUAUCAGACAUCAGUUUAAAAACCCAAUUAUUACGUUCUCUGGUCUAUAAACUAAAUCGAAACUUUAUUUUGCAAAUGGAAGGAAGGCUACAGGGAGCUACUAAGAAAAUUAUUAAAGAAUCGGUGUCAUGAUACAUAACCAGUAUUAGUGAGUGCUAUGAUCUUUAGAAUGAGCUGUGGCAAUAAAAAUAUAAUUUUGUAAUGAAAAUACUUAUUAAAAUAAAUAUAUUUACAUUUAAAUGAA